AUGGACUUUGGAGAAAAGAAAGUAGGGAUUACUACUGUCUCUCCAGUUUCGUCGAUUGGGAAAGGUUCCUCGGCUUCUUCGAUUCACUCAGUCUCUACAAUAUCACCCAAAGACUAUACAUCUAUAGCAGUAUCACCUCCUGGCUGGCGACCGGCGUACCUUCGAAAGCGUGUGAUAACUGGAUUCGCGAUCAUCUUCUGCGCAAUUAUCAUCGCCCUUGAAAUCUUGAACUAUGUCUCGUCAAAAAACCAGGGCCUUACCUCCUCCACCGAAAGCCGGCACUAUCUCUGGACAUAUGGGCCAACUGCAAUCCUCACCCUAGUGUCUGCAUUCUGGGCGCGUGUGGAAUUUCAAGCGAAGCAAAGUGCACCAUGGCAAGCCAUGCUCAAAGGGCCGGAGGAGUCGGGAAAGAGUGUUCUGCUGGAUUAUAUCUCACAAAUGCAGCCCUUUGCACUGGUCAGAGCUAUCCGAAACCGCCAUUACCCUGUCAUUUCUGGCAUUAGCGGCUCGCUACUGUUGCGUCUACUUAUUAUCAUCUCGACUUCUCUAUUUAGCCUGCAAGAGGUCAAAGUACACAAGAAGAAUGUUUUGAUACAAGUCCAAGGCAAUCUCAGCACGCUUAGCACUGCAGACUUCUCCACCACCUAUAGUGAGCCAUUUGACACCGUUAACGGUAUUCUUUUCGAAGGCGUUUCCUAUCUCGACGGUACCACUUCGAAUUUCUCCUUUCCGACAUUUUCGGCGUCUAGCAUGUCUAACGACUCCGUGAUCAUUGCAAAUGUCACUGGACUGGCGCCGGACCUGGAGUGCGAGAAUGCCACCUUGGAUGUGGAGGUUUGGCAGAUGGUAGCGACUUGGAUUAAUAGUAAAAGCUCAGCUGGGAGCCACCAAGUUCAGGAAAAUGUCCUUUCGACAUCAUCGUGCACUUUAUACAACGUUUCUAUUGAUAUCCCGUCCAACCAGGAAUUAGGGAUUGAGGUUACUUUGAAAACAUCAUAUGCUGCCCGUUACCAAACCGCGCAGUGUGAGGGCUCCACUGACUUGGAUGGAAAGCGCAUUGUAUUAGUCGCAGUGGAGACUGAAAUGAGCCCCAAUGUCACUACCUCAGCAUUUGGCAAUUACACAUCAGAUGGCAUCGAGUUUUAUGGGAACUCGGAUUGGCAUACGACGACACGAAACAUCACUGUUAUACGCUCGGCGGCAGCAAUCUGCAAACCCAAAAUAUCCCUCGUCAAACUCCUUGCAAAGACCAACAUGACGGAAUCUUCCUCUACAACGGGCUGGCAGAAACUUGGAGAGGAAAUCACUACGUUGCCCAAUUUGACCGCUUGGGACAUCGCUAGCAAUGUUAACUCGGAGUCUCAUGACACUGAUGGCUACCAGCCUAUCUCAAGCUCAACCCAAUUUCCAGAAACAGAUGACACUUUGGUGGAUGUCGAUUAUGCAAUCCAACUGGGAGCCGUGUUCACAGGAAAGACAGGCAAUGUCAGCCAUCUUUUCGAGAACGAUAUGCUUUCAGACGCCGCUUCUGCUUACCAUCGUGCGACUGGUGCUCAGCUACUUCGUGAGGGGUUUCUAUCACAAAAGACAUCGGAGUCUACUGGAUCCGCGAUUGUUAGUGAGAAUCGAGUUGUCAUGACCCAGUUUACACUGCGCGCCAUGGAAGCAUGUCUUAUUUUGAUUAUUACAUUCGUGAUAGCCAUGAUUGUGUUUGUUCCACGCGGUGAUCUGGCUCCGUAUAAUCCUACAACUAUCUCGGCAACUGCAGCGAUCAUGUCGAAUAGCAAAAUGCUUCGAAAACGUCUACAUGGAAGUAGCUCUAUGCCCUUGGAGAACAUUUCUGUUCUCUUGGAUGGAAAGCGGUAUUACACAGAGCUAGCCCUUGGCGGGUUCUCAAUUGCAGCUAUGGACGAUGAUACGAAAAUAUGCGCGCCAUGCGAAAACCUCCCCGAUCACAAGACCCAAAAUCCAAAAUGGAGUCCCUUCCCAAAUUCCACCGUCCGAAUGAUUGUCUUCAUCGUGGUGGGAUGCUUGAUUGCUGCCUUGGAAGCUAUUCUACAGAUCUCUCAGAGAGAUGAUGGACUAGGAAACGUCUCCUCCAGCAGUGGAAUUGUACACUACAUAUGGACCAUGAUUCCUGCUCUGGUCAUGGUCCUCAUUGGCCUUGCCUUUUCCAGUAUGAAUUCUCACGCCCGAUCUCUGGCACCAUACGUACACUUGCGAGACGAAUCUGGCACAGCAUCAUCCCAGUUCAUGACAUUAAACUUCAACGACGCACUCGACGUGACCAACCUCGUCAGCUCCACCAAGCUUAGGCAGUACGCUGUUCUAGCUACGACACUAUCCACCCUUAUUACUUCUGUCUUAACAAUCGUCACAAGCGGUCUCUAUACCGCCACAGACAUCUCUGGAAAUCUGAAGCGGAACUUCAACCAGACAACAACAUUCCACAACGCCAACUCCGAUAACGAAACUAGUGGUAUAACCACAGCAAAAUACAUUCUUCUCGAUAACCUUGACUACCCCAAAUGGACAUAUCAAAACCUCGCAUUUCCAAAACUCUCCUUCAACGCCUCAUCUCUCACAAAGAAACAAUCCACAAAUUCCUACGUCGAUAUAAUCGUCCCUGCCAUGCGCGGAACACUAACUUGUGAGCUUCAAACAAACACCUCACUCCAAGCCUCAUGGAUAGACGUCGAUAACAGGAUACUAUACACCGUCUUUGCUCCAACCUGUGAUUCAAACAGCACCUCACCAACCUGGACAAACCAAAGCGUACUCUCAGACGAACUAUCCUCUACACAAACGAUGUUCGGAUUCGAACAAGAGGUUGAAUGCAAAGGAAACAAUAACAAUACCAGAACUUCCAUCGCAGGAACCGUGGAGUCAGAAACGGCAGCAAGCCAAACAGCCACCCUCACCAAGGGCGGCGGAGCAAUCUCCUAUAUAUGGGGUGAACUACAAAAUAAAACAAUCACACACAUAGCAGCCUUAACAUGUCGUGAAUGGGCCGAAAUAGUCGAUACGAAAACCCGGUUCAUCUUACCGGAUUUUAAUAUCUCAACCGAAGUCCCGCCUCAACCUGAUGAGUCUACUGCGAGAAGAGUCCAGAAUUACACAGAUGGAGAGGACUGGUACUGGGUUGAUGGUAUUAUCGCUGAUUCCAGCAUUGAUAAUUUCUUCGAGGCACUUGUUGAGGGUAAAUACGCCAUUCCGAUGAACUAUCUCAGAUUGGAGAAGUAUAAUGAAAAAGUUGCUAGUGCUAUUAAGUUCCAGAGUGAGAUUGUCAAAGCGCAGCAGUUCAAUACCUAUAAUCGGAUAUCUAUUGAGGAGUCGUCUGGUGAUGAGUACCUUAUACAGGGGAAUAUCACUACGUCUGGAGGAAUUCGCUUAUUCCAGGAUGCGGUCUCGACGCGGGUUUUGGAGGCGUUGCUGGGGGUUUUGCUUAUCUUGGGUGCGUUGGGUUCUUGGUUGAUGAAUACGGAUCAUGUUUUACCAAAGAAUCCGUGUAGCAUUGCUGCUGUGGCGAGUUUACUUGCCGAUUCAAAUUUCUUGCAUCGAUACGGUCCUGGUGUUGGGGAUCCGAAUGCAAAGCAGGUGGAGGAGAGGCUUUUUGCGGAUUGUCGGUUUUUCAUGGGAAUGUGUUAUGAUGGGCCUUUGAGAGGAUUUAACGAUGACCGAUUUACGAUUUAUCUUACUGAUUAUGGGAUGGACAAAAAGCUUGCUGCUACUCCUGAAGGAUAA